AUGCCCUUCGCAUCCUUUAGGAAUAUACAGAAGAAAAAUGCGCGACUCCAUAGAGAACGCGCACAGGUUUGUUGCACUCUUGAGCUGGUUAAUAGUCGUAGCCGGCGGCGCGAGCUAGACUCGGCAUACUGCCGAAGAAGAAGGACUUCAUUUUGCGGUCACGGUAGGCUUAUCGUUUUAAUAACUGGUAUUUUUGAAAGGGAUGAGGAAGGCAAACGGAAUAGAAUCAGGGAGCUUAAGAGGAAAGCUCUGACGAAGAAUGAGGAUGAAUUUUAUUUUGCCAUGCAGAACUCGAAGCUGACAGUCGGGAUUUCGUUUUAGAUUAACUCGUUUUAGACAGAGAAGGGAUACACUCCACUGAACACUGAAAAAGAAUACGAUGAAGUGGUUCUCAAAGAGAUGCUUACUCACGACGUUUCGUUUCUAAAUCGUGAACUCCAAAUAGAAAUGUCAAAAAUAGCUGAUCUUGAGUCGCGCCUCAAUCUUCUUCCUGGGGACCCAUCAGUAACUAGCAAACGCUUGGGACCCAAGCGGACGGUGUUUAUUGAGUCAGUUGAAGAGGCCCGACUUAUAAAAUCUUCACCUGGAACAUAUGUCCCAACUCGUGUCUGCGCUAAACUGAAGAAUAAUGAGCUCGACGAAUUCAUGUCUUUGCAAGAGAAUGGUUACCGGGAGCUUUCCGAAAGACUUGAUCGUGCUGAGAAGCUAAAACUUGCGAUUCAAAAACGCGCAGCGAAGCACAACGUUAUGGUAUGCCAUUUGUUCAUUUUGCUGUUUUGCUUUGUUCCCAUAUGCAUCAGAUCACUUUUGCCGGCGGACCCUAUGAAACUUAAAUUUAUGGAUCUAUAUAACGUAUCUUCUCUAUCUUGGUUGGUCACCUUCCCUGUCAUUCGCUGCGUGUUAACGAGAUAUCUUGUCCCGUAGAAAUUGUUUCAGUCGUACACUUAGUCGUCAUUUUUCGUCAUAUGAGCGCUUUAUACACCAGUCUGUAGCAUAAUCCGGUCUUUGACUCCUAUUUUCGAGUUUUUAUGAGUGCAUUGUAUCGACUUGCCUUCUUACUGGUUACCUACUACUGACACUUUCCACCAUCACCGUGACCCGCCCUGGUUUCUUUUCUAAGACGCGUGUCAUGAUUUUUCUGUGGUAGUCUAUAUUUAAGCAUUUGGCUGGACCAUUCAGCCUGACAACAAAGGUAGAAUCUGCGUUUUGUGAUUUGUAAGAAAGCGCCCAAACUGCGUGCUUCCUCAGAGAAAAUCCUGCACUGAUGUGCACCAUAUGUGACAGCUUGGUCUAUCGGUCUUCUUGGGCCAGUAAAUCCUAGUACAAGAUUUGUCUACCACUCCAACUGCGCUGGGGCACCAUUUUCAGGGCCCCCGCCUGUCCCUUCCAGGAAUUCGGAUUGUUUUGUUUCUAUAAUUAACGUGGCUGCCUCACUGAAGUAGUCGUUGGCGGAGAUGGUCUCGUGCCGUACGUCCAACGAGUUUGUUGUGUAGUAUGAUAGGCGGGGUAUUUUCUUGCUUACCGGAGUACACAGAGUCGAGUCCCCGUUUUCUCGACUUUGCCUUUACGAUGCUUGUCGAUUGAUGUCAAGAAUAGAAGCCAUUGUUAAUAUAAAUUGCGCGAUGUUGAGGUCGUUCUUAACGCUUCAGCCAUAAGAUAUAUGCGGUGUUUUCAAAUGCACGAUUACCGGGUAAUUCGGAUCAAAUAUUAGUUGUUUUCCAAAGGUCCGGAGCCAUUUACGUUGCCGUUAUUAGCGGUUAGUCUGAUGGUCUUUAACAAGAACCACUAGAUGCUGCCUUGUGGUUUGGGCCAAAUUGCCGUUGUCGGUCUUUCCGGUGCGUUCGUACUGGCGUAAAAGGUCGCAUGCAUUUAACGUAAGCGAUUCGUAGUACGUAUGCGCCGUCGAAAACGUUUUCCUAGAAUAAUAAUUCAAAAGGGCGGAAGCUGCGUGUCAAAAUCAGGUCUGGCGGUUACGUCGUCCAACUUAUUCCGUUCUGUCAGAGGGACCGACACUUACGAUUUUACAAGAACGUAAUAUUGCUUCUCCGUUCUGUUUGAAAAUUGACUUUCCUUCAACUUCGCGGACUGGUGAAAAUAGAUACCAGCCGUCACAGACUUAUUCCCCCCUUUCUGGUUCUCAAGGAGAUGCUCAGGACAUUUCGUCCCGAUAUCGUGAAUUUCAAAUGGAAGUGUCUAAAACAGCUUAUUCGAAGUGGUGAAUCCCACGGAUGUUUUUUGGUCAGCUUUCCUUCCUUUUUCAUUCUCACACCACCUAACUGAAUUUGAAAUUUAGCAGCACUGCGGCGAGCUUUUACGACUAAAUUCGAGUUUUUUCUCCCUUUCAGAAAAACAAAGGCGUCCGGUACAAGGUGGAAUCAAAGGCCACAAAAAACCAUCCACCCGUGUACAAAUUUGAACAUAAAAGAUACCGUUAA